AUGGUCUACUCUCUGAAAGACAAAGUCGUGCUGAUUACAGGCGCCUCAGCCGGUCUCGGCGCUGCUCUCGCCCACGCAUUCGCCGCAGAAGGCUGCCACCUGAUCCUCAACUCAUCUCCAUCGACCUCCGCGGCCUCGCUUCAGCGUGUUUCCUCCACCCUAUCCAAGCUGCGCACGUCGUUCCCCUCGCUCAAGGUCGAGUUCAUCAAAGCCGACUGCGCCGAGGAAGCCGACAACGUGCGUCUUGUGGCGGAGGCAAUCUCGCUCUCGAAAGAAUGGGGUUUCGGCGGACGCAUCGACGGAUGCAUCGCAAACGCGGGCUGGACGCGGUUCUCAAACAUCGCGGACCUGGACGACGUCACCUGCGAGGACUUUGACAAGUGCAUGGCUGUGAAUGUGAAGUCGCCGUACGUGCUUCUGCGCGAACUCAAGCGCGAGAGAGAGGAUAAGGCCGGGAUGGGCGAGUGUGGGGGGUUCAUGCUGCUCACGAGUUCGGUCGCGGGGGAACAUCCCGGGGGAAGUUCGCUGGCGUACUGUGUUAGCAAGGCGGCUAAUCUGCACCUGAUGAGGUGUAUGGCGAAACACCAAGGUCCGAAGAUUAGAAUCAAUGCGGUUAAACCCGGUGUUCUUCCUACUGAGUGGGGUCUUCAGUUUGGCGAGGAGAGGUUUAAGGCGAUUGUCGAUACGACGGUGCUCAAGACUGUGUCUACUUUGGAGAACUGUGCGCUUAUUUACGUGAUGCUGGCAAAGAAUGACAGCAUCACCGGCGAGAGCAUUACGAUUGAUGGCGGUCAGUGGAUUUGA